AAACCCUAAAUGUUUUCUUCUUCCGCAAUCUUCAAAACGAGUUUGUUCUUCUUAGUCCAAAACCUCGUUUCUGAGAAAAUGAGAGAAACAAAGAGCUCUCUGAAAUCUCAGAAACAGAAACCAAGAAGCUUGAAAGAGGAAGACCUGCUACUGGAUUCCGGAACUAAUUCUGUUUACGACGGAGAUAGUUUGUCCGUGUCUUUCAGUUCCAAUGAUUCCGAGGAUGAUGGUUCAACAAAAGAUGGAGACAGAGAAUCAUCCGUCGAUGGUCAUGAGGGAUCAUAUGAUAAUAAUAGUGAACAAGUAGAUGGUGAGGAAAAUGGGAGUGACCAAGGUUCUGAGCAAGAUGAAGUUUCCGAAGAGAGCGAUGAGGUUGCUCCAAGAAAUGCAGUUGGGGAUGUUCCCUUGGAGUGGUAUAAGGAUGAGAUAUAUAUUGAUUAUGACAUCACUGAGAAGAAGAUUACCAAGAAAGAAAAGCAAGACAAACUUGAAUCUUUUCUUGCAACUAUGGACAACUCCACGAAUUGGUGUAAGAUUGAUGAUGAAUAUAAUGACGAGGAAGUGGAGCUGACUAAAGAGGAGAGAAAGAUCAUUCUCAGAAUCCUCAAAGGGGAAGGGCCACAUACUGACUUUGAUCGAUAUGCGUCUUAUGUUGAUUGGUUCAAAUGGGACGAUGCAAUACAUCCACUCUCAAGUGCACCAGAGCGCAAGAGGUUCAUCCCUUCAAAAUGGGAGGCUAAAAUGGUUAUUAAGUUUGAUAAGCCUGAAGAAGAGCCCCUCUUAUGGAGUGAUUAAAAGAUUGGUUUGUUUUGGUCUAUUGAAUAAAUAUUAUUUUAUACA